CUAUGUUGUUCAAUUCCAAUUCCAAGAUCUUCUUCACCCAAUUUCUUCUCAACCGUUAACCCUCUCAAAAUCUUGAAUCUCAUUUCCAAACUCAUCACACCAACAAUGGCGACCAAAUCUUUGAAAUCCAAGAAACCCCCCUCAACCCCUUCACCCCCAAAACAACCCACAUCUUCAUCUUCAUCCUCAAGAUCCUCUCUUUCAUCCCAUCUCGCCAUGAUCGAACUCAAGCACAGAAUCUUGACUUCACUCUCCAAACUCUCCGACAGAGACACCCACCAGAUCGCCGUUGAAGACCUCGAAAAGAUCAUCCAAACCCUAACCCCAGAUGGCACAACAAUGCUGUUAAACUCCCUCUACGAAGCCACCGGUGAUUCGAACAAACCGGCGGUCAAGAAAGAGUCAAUUCGGUUGCUUUACUUGUUCUGUGCUACCCACACUGAUUCUGCAGCUACCCAUUUGACAAAAAUCAUUGCCCAUGUUGUUAAAAGGUUGAAAGAUUCAGAUUCAGGGGUGAAAGAUGCGUGUAGAGAUGCCAUUGGUGAGCUUUCUGGGUUGUAUUUGAAAGGGGAUGUUGGGGAGAAUGUUGGGUCUGUUGUUUCUUUGUUUGUGAAGCCGUUGUUUGAAGCUUUGAAUGAUCAGAAUAAAGGGGUGCAAUCUGGGGCUGCAAUGUGUUUGGCUAAGAUGGUUGAGAUGGCUUCCGACCCACCGAUUUCGGCGUUUCAGAAGCUCUGUGUUAGGAUCUGCAAGUAUCUUAAUAACCCUAAUUUUUUGGCGAAGGCUGCUCUUUUGCAAGUGGUUUCUAGUCUUUCUCAGGUUGGUGCUAUUUCUCCACAAGGCUUAGAGCCGCUGCUUCAAAGUAUUCACGAUUGUUUGACAAAUUCCGAUUGGGCGGCUCGAAAGGCAGCUGCUGAUGCAUUAAUUGCCUUAGCAUUGCAUUCAACCAACUUGAUCACGGGUAAAACGGGUCCCACAAUAACCGCCCUUGAGGAGUGUCGCUUCGAUAAGAUAAAACCUGCAAGAGACAGUAUAGUAGAGGCUUUGCAGCAAUGGCAACGUCUUGCAGGAGGUUCUGAAGAUCAAAAAGCACCGGGUCAUGAUGGUGAAGCUUCGGAACCAGCUAAGUCAGGCGAACGAAAACCCGAGGCCCCACCAAAGAACGUUGAACCCGAGGGUAGCAACAUACCUGAGAAGGCGGUUGGAAUCUUGAAAAAGAAAGCACCUGCUUUAUGCGAUAAAGAAUUGAACCCCGAGUUUUUCCAAAGACUUGAAAAACGGGUUUCUGGUGAAGUUGAAGUGGUUGUUCCUCGAAGAUUUGUGAAGUCAUCAAAUGAGCAGAAUGGGGAAGAGUCGGGUUUGAACGAGACAGAUGUCGGGUCACAGUCGAAAGAGGGUUAUCAGAAAAUGGACCGAGGAAUCGGUGGGCCUUCUAGAAGGCGGGAGUUUGAAGAUACGAAUGAUUCGAAUCAAAGAGAGGGGUUUAGGAGUAAUAAAGGGAAUUGGUUGGCUAUUCAGAGGCAAUUGCUACAAUUGGAGAGACAACAGGCUCAUCUUAUGAACAUGUUGCAGGAUUUCAUGGGUGGAUCUCAUGAUGGCAUGAUGACUCUCGAGAACCGAGUGCGGGGUCUCGAACGUGUUGUCGAAGACAUGGCCCGUGAUCUCUCAUUAUCAGCUAAUAAUAAUCGAAGAGGUGGCAACUACAAGAUGGGAUUUGAGGAAACCGGUAGACCAUUAGGGAAAUACAACGGUUUCUCCGACUACCCUAAUACAAAGUUGGGUAGAAACGAUGACCCGAUGUCUUACAUGGGCUCAACUAUGAGGGGUAGAGGAUCUUCGUGGAGGUCCGACGGGCCCGAAAAUUGGGACUACCAUUCAUACGGCAGAAACCCACAAAUGGGCUUAAGGAGAGGGAUGGAUGGUAGGUCACCUAAAUCAGAACCCGAAACCGAGCCCGUUAACAGGAGAGGUUGGGGGGAUAAAGGGGUUGGGCCUGUGCCCGGGCCCGCUAGGUUCGGUGAGGGACCAUCGGCCAGAAGUGUUUGGCAAGCUUCAAAAGAUGAAGCCACAUUGGAAGCAAUCAGGGUGGCGGCUGGUGAAGACAACGGGCCUGCCCGAACUGCCCGAGUGGCGGUUCCUGAAAUGACUGCUGAAGCAAUGGGAGAUGAGAAUGUGCAGGAUCGGGACCCGGUUUGGACUGCUUGGAGUAAUGCGAUGGAUGCGGUUCAUGUUGGUGAUGCUGAUACAGCUUUUGCUGAAGUUUUGUCUACUGGAGAUGAUUUAUUGCUUGUGAAGUUGAUGGACCGGACGGGCCCGGUGAUUGAUCAGCUAUCUAGUGAAGUCGGGACUGAAGUUUUGCAUGCUGUUGCACAAUUUCUUCCGGACCAAAAUGUGUUUGAUAUUUGCUUGUCUUGGCUUCAACAGUUACUGGAUAUGAUUGUAGAGAAUGGAAGCGAUAAUGUGGAAAUCCCGAUGGAUUUGAAAAGGGAGAUUUUGGUGAAUCUGAACGAGGCUGCUUCGACUAUUGAGCCACCUGAUGACUGGGAAGGUAUGGUGCCAGAUCAGCUAUUGUUACAGUUGGCAUCGGCUUGGGAUAUCGAUUUGCAGCAGCUAGAGAAAUGAUUGCGUAUUUAUAUAAUUUUUACGCUCUGAUUUCUAUUAUUAUUAUUCUGGUUUAUAAUGUUUGAUUGAAGAUAGGUAUUGGAUCUGGUUUUAUCAGCAUGAAACUAUGAUCCUCAUGUUUCUUUAUUUUUAACUCAAAAGGGUAAUGUGAAAAGGUUUUGUAUGUGAUAUUUGCUUUAAUGAUGUGUUCAUGUUUUCAAUUCCUUUCA